AUGGCGCACGCGGCUUCCUCCUCUGCGGGGACCGGCGGACGGAGGCUGCUCACGAGCCUGAGCCGAGCCACCAGGAGGUUUUCAGAGGGAGGCUGGUUCCAUUCCCCGGUGGUGAGCCAAGCUGCUGCCAGGAAGGAUGCCCACUCCAACCUGCUGUCCAAGAGGGAGACCAGCAACCUGUACAAGAUCCAGUUUCACAACGUGAAGCCGGAGUGCCUCCAGGACUACAACCGCCUGGAGGCUGAGGUGCAAACCCGGCUCCACCAGGACCAGGACUACCCGUGUGAGGUGGUGGGCAGCUGGAACACCUGGUUCGGAGAGCAGGACCAGGCCGUGCACCUGUGGCGAUACAGAGGAGGCUACCCCGCGCUGACCGAGUGCCUGAAGAAGUUGAACAUCAACAAGGAGUACGGAGAGUUUCGGAAACAGAGGGCUAAAAUGUUGGUUUCCAGGCGUAAUCAGCUCCUCCUGGAGUUCAGCUUCUGGAAGGAGCCCGAGCCCAGACCAGGACCCAACAUAUAUGAGAUGAGGACCUAUCACCUCCAGCCGGGGACGAUGAUCGAGUGGGGGAACCACUGGGCGAGAGCCAUCAAACACAGACAGGAGAACAACGAAGCAGUGGGCGGGUUCUUCUCCCAGAUCGGGGACCUCUACGUGGUCCAUCAUCUGUGGGCUUAUGAGAGCCUCCAGUCCCGGGAGGAGACCAGGAACUCUGCCUGGAUGAAGGAGGGGUGGUACUCCAAUGUCUAUCACACAGUGCCGCUGAUCAGGAGCAUGGAGUCUCGAAUCCUGAUCCCCACCACAAGCUCACCUUUACAAUGAGGAGAAGGAGGAUAAGAAGAGGAAGAAGAAACUGAGAGCAUCACUCUGAAAAAAACUCAUUCACCAACUUGCAUGUUGUUUUAUGAAAGAAUAUCUAGAUGUAAUCUGCUGGUGAUCUUUUCAAGUAUGUAAUAUAUAUACAUAUAUAUUUGCAGCUAGCUUGUCAUGAGAGGCAGCGAUGGAGUCUUUGUGUUAUAUACAUUUUGCCUUCAUAUCUAGAAGUUUGGGUGAAAUAUUGAUAAAGCAAAGUAUGUCAAAGUGUCUCAAUGAAAGACCAAAUGAUGGCUC